AGAAAACCGAGAGGGACUGAUUUACGCCUGUUGUUAUUUAAUUUUUUUAUCACUAGAAUGUUGAAGAGCAACUGUAUGGCUCCGCCAGGAGCUUGCGAUCGUAAGUAAUACCGCUAGAUCUAAGGACUUAGUCAGAACAGGUGCUAGAGCAUUAAGCUCUCGGUAUAGAUCACAAAUUCGUACCGGGCUUGUACCUAGUAGUAGACAGGGAAUAUUCAACUCUAUAAACGCUCAUCAAAUUCACCAAAUCGCGGUCAUGGCCGUCGAUGAUCACCAUUUUGAUACACGCUCAGAAAAAACCCAACUUUUAGAUAUUUUGAGGAGUGAUCUGCGGAAGUCAUUACUGGUUUAAGGCAAUACAUAUUACUAUUUUACAGGAGAAGAACCGGUGAUAAAAAAUCCCGCGCCGGUGCUUUUUACGAGUGUACGGUGUACAUAGAAUAGACUCUCCAUCCUGGCGUUUCUAUUGUAUAUUGUAGACGAAGAGGAGGAGGAAAAUAGUGUACGAUAACACGCUCGUUAUAAUGUUUAAAAACACUCGAGCUGGGUCAUAUGUGUGGUGAGUUUUCACUCGACAUCCCCUUGCUGUAGGUUGGAGUAGUGUGGAAUUUCUGGAGUCUGACGGGGCUAACAAGGCCGACACUUCAACUGGCCACUUGUGACGUUCAUAUUGCACUCUUAGAACACGAGUGGGUCUGACACCUUCCUCUGUCAUGUUGUAAUGACACAUUGUCGGCAGAACGUUUUAAACAACUUCAAUACAAGCGUAACCCUACAAAGGAUUCUAAACGGCGGAUUGUCUUAGGUCCAGAUACCUCUGGGAUACUAUCGGGAUUAUAGCGGUGUACCUUGAUCCCUGUUGUAUCUAUGAUAGACUUAAUCAACAGAACGAUGCCUGAUUUGGGAGGCGUGAUCUUCUUUCUUCUUUUAAGUGUUGAUUUCACCUCAUCUUCAGCAGUGGACAAUAUUUUCUACCAGAACGUCAGUAUUGCUUCAACAGUUGGCCUAGAUUGUUAUGUGGACAGUGAUGAUACCCAAAUAGUGUGGACAAAAAACAGACGGAUACCAGUCGUAAUUGGCACAAAAGUCAUGGGGUACAGGAGAGUCAAGCUAAUCAUGGAUUAUCCACGUGAACGCCGCCUCCAGAUAGAAAACAUCAAAUUGACAGAUUCUGGGUCGUAUGAGUGUCUGGCAGAUUCCAAAACAACACCACUUGUAAUAUACCAGCUCACAGUUUUAGCAAAAGAAGACCUCAUAACGACAACAACAAUAGAGCUACCGGAAGUGACAACUGAAACACGAGACGCCAUGACAACCACAGAAAAGGAAGUAAAACCAGAUCGGACUUCGAUGGAAGUGAAACCUACUUCCGCUUUGACACAACAACAGCAAAAUGUUGGCAACGGUGUUGAAGAGAAAGUUGUGAACACGAAAGGGAGGGGAGAAUGUUUGGGACAAAAUCUUACGGUGCUUUUAACAGUUUUGUGUAUUGGGUAUCUGAUGCGUUUAUAGAAUAAAAGUUUGUUACAAAAA